AUGCGGUGCCACAAGUUCUGGAGCUCCUGCUCGGUUGGAUUUUAUAUUUGGACAACGAUCCUUUUCAAAGAAUCGUUGCAGGGCGAGCACCAGAGGCGACUGUACAAGGAGCUGCUGGCUAACUACAAUCGAUUAGAGAGACCCGUGGUUAACGAUUCAGCUGCCAUCCUGGUGGAGCUGGGCCUCACGCUGCUGCAGAUUAUAGACGUGGAUGAGAAAAACCAGGUGCUAAUGACCAACGCCUGGCUGCAGCUGCACUGGACUGAUGUCUACCUAAGCUGGAAUCCAGAAAACUACCCUGGAGUCCAGAACCUGCGUUUCCCCUCAGACCAGAUCUGGACCCCUGACAUCCUCCUGUACAACAGCGCUGAUGAGCGGUUCGACGCCACUUUUCACACCAACGUCCUCGUAAACGCGUCAGGUUACUGUCAGUACAUCCCCCCUGGUAUCCUGAAGAGCACCUGCUACAUCGAUGUGCGCUGGUUCCCCUUCGACGUGCAAAAGUGUGACCUGAAGUUUGGCUCAUGGACGCACAACGGCUGGCUUUUGGACCUCCAAAUGAUCGAUGUGGACACAUCCACGUACAUCCCCAAUGGAGAGUGGGACCUAGUGGGUGUGCCAGCCAAGCGUAAUGAGCUGUAUUACGAGUGCUGUAAAGAGCCCUACCCUGAUGUGACCUUCACAGUCACCAUGCGCCGCAGGACGCUGUAUUAUGGACUGAAUCUGCUUAUUCCUUGUGUGCUGAUCUCUGGUUUGGCCCUGCUUGUCUUCCUCCUACCUGCAGACUCUGGAGAAAAGAUUUCCUUGGGCAUCACUGUGCUGCUUUCGCUGACCGUCUUCAUGCUUCUGGUAGCAGAGAUCAUGCCUGCCACAUCAGACUCUGUGCCUCUUAUUGCUCAGUACUUUGCCAGCACUAUGAUGAUUGUGGGAAUGUCUGUGGUGGUUACUGUCAUCGUCCUACAGUUUCACCAUCAUGACCCUCAUGGGGGCAAGAUGCCCAAGUGGGUUCGAGUGGUUUUAUUAAACUGGUGUGCCUGGUUUCUACGAAUGAAACAACCUGGCGAUGAGCGAAAGAGGCCUCGACACAAGUACCGCCACACCUCCCAGCAUCACUCCAGCACCAGCUCCAUAGAAAUGGGCACACUGCCGAGCCUCAGCGUCCCUCUGUCGCAGGCAUCCUGCCCAACAGGGACCUCCAAUGGUUCCAUGAGUCUCUACUUUGGCAGCUAUCAUCCGAUGGAGAGCUCCCACUGCCCCCCAUCGAGUGACUCUGGAGUCGCACUAGGUGGACGUGCCCACAGCUCGCUCAGCGAUGAGUCCGAACCACCCGGGGGAGUCGCUAGCGGUGUUGGAGGUCUGGGAAUGGGAGUGCUCAUCCCCCCACCGGAGAUCCAGCGCAUUUUGGAGGAGGUGUCAUACAUCGCCCAGAGGUUCCGAGACCAGGACGAAGCGGAGGCCAUCUGCAGCGAGUGGAAGUUCGCUGCAGCUGUGGUGGACCGCCUGUGUCUCGUGGCCUUCUCGCUCUUCUCCAUCAUUUGCACUUUCACCAUCCUAAUGUCUGCUCCCAACUUCAUAGAGGCUGUUUCUAAGGAUUUUACAUAACUAGCUGCUGCUGGAUCGAAGGAAGAAAGAUGUAAAUAAUGAGAAAUAAAAACAAACAAACUGAAAUUAUAAGAGAACUUGGACAGGAAAAGGGAAAGCACUGAGACUGAAGAGUGCACCCCAUGUGUAUAUAUUAUAAACUAAAUGUCCCCCACCUUCUCUGGUUGUUGAGAAGCCAGCAGGGCCUGGUUCACA